AGGAAGAAGCGCCAGAAUGGCGCUGAUUGGCUCGGAUGAGGGCGGGAACUCUGCAGUGGGCGGGGCUUGAGGCGACGCUGCUCGGUGCAACUCCAUUCUUCGUUUUUUCAGUGCUGAGAUUUUGGAGCAGCGGAGCUGAUUCGUGCGCACCGGGGCUCUGAAAUGCGCUGUAAACUCUCCAGCCAUGGCCACAGUGAUACUUUAAACGGCAUGGGCGCACGCACGAAGUGCUACCACCCACACAGCAAACUCGUCGUUUUAUGAAUAGAGGAAUUCGCUUUUCUUCAGCCACUUUGCAUGGCAAGGAGGAGCCCCCCGUGUGCAGCAGCAGCAGCAGCGUAGCGAGGGACUAGCUAGGGCUGAGAGAGAGAGAGAGAGAGAGAGACAGAGAGAGAGAGCGCAGGCAGGUGUGUGAGGUGACUUGGUGGUCUCCUGGGUUGAGGAAAGCAUUAGAGACACUGCUCGAUGCAACAGCGGGGACAUUGUGUUCUUUUACAAAACUGGUGAAAAUAAGACAAGAAGAAAAGACAAGACAAGACAAAAAAGAAAACACCAACCCGCUGCGAGCUGUGCCACAGGAGCUCUCGCGCGAGGCUCCGCGACAUCUCACUGGAUUUCUACUUCGUUAAUAAGUAGUUGCCUCAGGAAAAAUGUCGUCUCAGACGAAAUUUAAGAAGGACAAGGAGAUCAUUGGAGAAUAUGAAACGCAAGUUAAAGAGAUCCGUAAUCAGCUGGUGGAGCAGUUUAAGUGUCUGGAGCAGCAGUCGGAGUCUCGGAUCCAGCUGCUGCAAGACCUGCAGGAGUUUUUCCGCCGCAAGGCAGAGAUUCAGCUGGAGUAUUCCCGCAGCCUGGAGAAACUGGCCGAGAGAUUCUCCUCCAAAAUCCGCUCGUCCAGGGAGCACCAGCAGUUCAAGAAAGAUCAGCACCUACUCUCCUCAGUAAACUGCUGGUACCUGGUUUUGAAUCAGACUCGCAGAGAGAGCAGAGAUCACGCCACGCUCAACGACAUUUACAUCAACAAUGUCAUCGUCCGCCUGGCUCAGAUCAGCGAGGAUGUCAUCAGGCUUUUCAAAAAGAGUAAAGAAAUUGGUAUUCAGAUGCAUGAAGAGUUGGUGAAAGUGACGAACGAGCUGUACACUGUGAUGAAGACAUAUCACAUGUACCACACGGAGAGCAUCAGCGCUGAGAGCAAACUGAAGGAUGCUGAGAAGCAGGAGGAGAAGCAGUUCAGCAAGUCUGGGGACCUAAAUGUCAACCUGCUGCGGCAUGAAGAGCGGGCGCAGCGCCGCAGCUCUGUCAGGAAGAUCGAGAAGAUGAAGGAGAAGAGACAAGCCAAGUAUUCUGAAAACAAGCUGAAGUGCACAAAAGCUCGCAACGACUAUUUAUUGAACCUGGCAGCCACCAACGCUGUGGUGGCAAAAUACUACAUCCACGAUGUCUCGGAUAUGAUUGAUUGCUGUGACCUUGGGUACCAUGCUAGCUUAGCCCGCACUUUCAGGACCUAUCUCUCAGCGGAGUAUAACCUGGAAACAUCUCGCCAUGAGGGUCUGGACCUCAUCGAGAACGCAGUGGACAAUCUGGACUCCCGCAGUGACAAACACAAGAUCAUGGACAUGUACAACCAGGUGUUCUGCCCGCCAAUGCGCUUCGAAUAUCUGCCUCACAUGGGUGACGAGGUGUGUCAAGUGAGUGCACAGCAGCCAGUUCAGACAGAACUCCUAAUGCGCUACCAUCAGCUGCAGUCUCGCCUAGCCACACUGAAGAUCGAGAAUGAGGAGGUGCGCAAGACCUUAGAUGCCACCAUGCAGACACUGCAAGACAUGCUGACCGUGGAGGACUUUGAUGUGUCCGAUGCCUUCCAGCACAGCAGAUCUACAGAGUCGAUUAAAUCAGUGGCCUCUGAGGGCUACAUGAGCAAGCUGAAUAUCGCCAAACGACGGGCCAACCAACAAGAGACCGAGGUCUUCUACUUCACUAAAUUCAAAGAGUACCUGAACGGCAGCAACCUCAUCGUUAAACUGCAGGCCAAGCACGACCUGCUGAAGCAGACGUUGGGGGAAGGAGAAAGGGCUGAAUGUGGAACCACAAGGCUCGUUGUCCAUCAGACAAUGUUGACAAGAGUACCAUCAUGCCCCCUCCCAACUUUUAGCUCCAUCUUCACAAGACCCCCCACCCUUCCCCCUAAACCACAGAAACUGCGGAAGCCCCGGCCGCGCUCCGUCUAUAAUCAUAAGCUUUUUAAUGGAAAUAUGGAGUCCUUCAUUAAGGAUUCAGGCCAGCCUAUUCCUCUUGUGGUGGAGAGCUGUAUUCGAUACAUCAAUCUGUAUGGCCUUCAGCAGCAGGGCAUAUUCAGAGUUCCCGGAUCUCAGGUGGAAGUCAAUGACAUUAAAAAUUCAUUCGAAAGAGGUGAAGACCCACUGAUUGAUGAUCAGAGUGAUCAUGACAUAAACUCGGUGGCAGGCGUUCUGAAGCUGUACUUCAGAGGGCUCGAGAAUCCUCUUUUCCCCAAGGAACGCUUCCUAGACUUCAUCUCCACCAUCAAGCUCGAGUCAUCUGCUGAACGAGUCCAUCACAUUCAGCAGAUUAUAGUCACUCUUCCUCGCACCAUCAUCAUCGUCAUGAGAUACCUGUUUGCGUUUCUCAACCACUUGUCCCAGUACAGCGAUGAGAACAUGAUGGACCCCUACAACCUGGCCAUCUGUUUUGGCCCCACACUGAUGCCCAUCCCUGAUGGUCAGGACCCUGUGGCCUGCCAGGCCCACGUCAACGAGGUCAUCAAGACCAUCAUCAUCCACAAUGAACUCAUCUUCCCUGGCCACCGCGAGCUGGAGGGCCCUGUCUAUGAGAAGUGUAUGACUGGAGGAGAGGAGUACUGUGACAGUCCUCACAGUGAACCAGGCACCAUUGACGAGGCUGACAACGGAACUGAGCCACACACUAGCGAUGACGAGGUGGAGCAGAUUGAAGCCAUUGCUAAGUUUGAUUAUGUCGGGCGGAGCCCGCGGGAGUUGUCCUUUAAGAAGGGAGCAUCGCUGCUGCUGUACCACCGGGCGUCAGAGGACUGGUGGGAAGGGAGACACAACGGGGUUGACGGCCUCAUACCUCACCAGUACAUUGUAGUGCAGGACCUGGAUGACGCCUUUUCUGACAGUCUGAGUCAGAAAGCAGACAGUGAAGCGAGUAGUGGACCGCUGUUGGAUGAUAAGGCCUCGUCCAAAAACGACCUCCAUUCACCGUGUGAGCAGUCGCCUGAUUAUAACUUCAGUGGGGUGAUGGGCAGGGUGAGGUUGCGUUCAGACGGCGCUGCUAUUCCUCGCCGGCGGAGCGGUACAGAGAGCCACAGCCCUACGCGUGGCACGGACACUCCCCCUCGUGCCGCUGCCUGCCCCAGCAGCCCACACAAGGUGGCAGUGAGCAGAGGCCGAGUGGAGAGUCCUGAGAAAAGACGGCUGGGCACAUUUGGCAGUGCCGGCAGCAUUAAUUACCCCGAGAGAAAAGCUUAUCCUGAGGGCCACCCAUUGAGGCCCGGAUCAGGGGCCACACGCCACAGCAGCCUCGGAGACCACAAAAGCCUGGAGGCUGAGGCCUUAGCUGAGGACAUAGAAAAAACUAUGACCACUGCUCUCCAUGAGCUCCGGGAGCUAGAACGUCAGAAUACAGCCAAGCAGGCUCCAGACGUAGUGCUCGACACUCUGGAACCCCUGAAGAACCCUGUGAGCUCAGAACCGGCCAGCCCUUUGCACACCAUCAUGAUCCGUGACCCAGACGCAGCGCUGCGCCGUGGGAGCAGCUCCACCUCAGAGAUGAUGACCACCUUCAAACCGGCGCUCUCCGCAAGGCUGGCAGGUGCCCAGCUCAGACCUCCACCUAUGAGGCCUGUGCGGCCUCCCCCGACCCAGCACCGCUCCAGCAGCUCCAGCUCGUCCGGUAUGGGCAGCCCAGCAGUCACCCCCACCGAGAAGGGCUUUCCAAGCAGUUCAGCCACAGCGUCCUCCUCAAACACGGGAGAUAAACAAGGAGGGAGCAUGUAGCCCCACCAGAGUUGGGGUCAAAGCUGGAUAUAUAGCUUCCAAUCCUGGUGAGAUUGCAUCAAGCAUAUGAAGACCAAAAGGAGGGAAAAACGCUCCCCAGUCUUUUUUUGUUCUUAUUCUAGCUUUAGAUUUUUCAAAUUCUGAAUCAGCCUCAGAACACUCCAGAAGUGAGCCAAGGUUGCUAUGGCGACAAGGCGUGUGAAGUAUAUCAGCUAGCGCUCUGUGAAGCAUGAUGAAAGGUGAGGUGGAAAGGAAGAAAGUUGGGAAAGAAUAAAUGUGUCUUGGUAUAUAGAUGUGUGUACACAUACAGUAUACGCGUAUGUAGAAGCCUGUUACACAUAUGUGUAUAUAAAUAUGCAUACAGUAUAUAGUAACAUUUCAGAGCUUGUUUUUUGUUCCUUCUUUUUUGUUUUUUUACCUCACAUACUAUUGAUUGACCCUCUCUGGCAGGUCUUUUGCUUUUCACCAUGGACUUACUGUAGGUAGAGCAAUACUAAUUCAGUUUAGCAUUUGUUUCUCUCUGCACUGGUCGGCCAGAGUUGUUCAGUGAUUGAGGGGGAGGAGCCCCUACUUAGUCCCUCCCCCAAAACAAGACUUUGCAUUUAAAAGAAGACUGUCGCUCAAAGACUGCCCUGCCACAUGGCUACUUUUGAGCUGUUGUAAAUAGAGAUAUACUGUACUUGAACUUGUAAUGCCUUUUGUUUUGUAGUAUAAGGGAUGUUCAGCAGCAUAACAACAUAGCCAAGUUGUAAACAUAUAUGAGAUGCAGAAUCUGAAACCAAUAUACAUUACAAACUAAUUGUAAGAAACCUGUGGUAAAAAAGUAGUUUAACUUGUAUAUACUUUUUAGGUAGGUUCUUUUUUUAAUUGUUAAACAUGUACAUUUGUGGACAGAACAGGCAAGAAUGGCAUUUAUCCAAACAAAAACAAUCACAACCAGCAAACACAGAAAUAAUUCAUCAGUAUAGGUACUUCAUGUUAGCUAUCUGAGCCAUUAAUAUUAGUUCUGACUACAUUCAACUUCAUUCUCGUCGUUUAUUUUUUAACUAAAAUACUAAAUGCAUUCAAAUGGAGUCAGUUAUUCUUACAUGAAAAGAUUUCUUCAUUCACAGAUGAACUGGUAUAAGCAUCUUUAAUUUCUUUCGGUAUCUUUUGUUUCAAACAUAAUACAAUCUCAAAGUUAGUCAAGAAACUUACAACAAAACACACUGAAAAAACAGGGCUGGGAACAUUUAUCAAUUUGUUAAGAAUUAUCAAUGGCAGCCAUGAAAUUGAUAAGUAGAAUUCAUUAUUUACAUACACAUUUACAUACACAGCAUGAGUGAGUGUCACACUAGUAUGUUGCUACAUGGGGAAAACAGCAGCAGAAACAGUAUGUCGCAUUCUUCAUUAGUUUACUAAUUAGUCUUCAUGAGGUGUUUUCACGCUGAGUUUUACAGAUUUAAUGCACUAAAACCUUCACAUCAAGUCCAGUGUACCUCUUAUUUAACCCUGAGAAAGUUAAAAAACUAGGAAAAAAGGUAAAUGACCAGUUUCUGCUCUGCAGCGGCGUCUGAGUGUGUCUGUAUGUUUAGGUCUGUUUCAGCUCCAAGCUGUUAAAAUGAGCAAACAAAUGAGCAUCCAUGAGCUCUGAAACAAAAGACGACACGAGUUAAUGUUUGUGUUUUCAAAACUUGAUGUGGGUUUUUUUUCAAUCAUUUUUUGCUUUUGAAGCUUUGACUUGAUGUGAAAAGGCCUUGGGCAUUGCCCCCCACCCCCACCCACCCAUGGCACAAAUUGGAGUAAACUGUUCUAUACUGAAUAUGUAACUGAAAAAUACCCGAAGUAUUUAAAAUACCAAAGGUAUUAAAAUAGAUUAUAUGAUUAAUCAUAUAUAUGAUUUCAUCCCAGUUUAUUGAUUUUUCAAAAAUUGCUUUGAACCAUCCAUGACCAUUUCUGAAUAACUUACUGAGCAUUCCAGCAUCUGAUGUCUUUUAAGCCUAGAAUCAACUCUUAUUCCUGCCACAGAAUCAAGAAAAACUAGCCCUAGAUGUACCUACUUACAUACAUUAUCAUGUUGUUAAUGAUAUUACUCAGAUAUGUUAACUAGUUAUCAUAAAUCAUGAAUAUUCAUGUCAACCAUUGCUUUCUAAAGAAGCGAAAGGGCUCUACUACACUAUAUCUCUAGCAUUUAGAAUAAGUAGACAUUAACUAAUUAGUUCAGCUUUUGAUUUGACUGUAAAUCCAGGCUGCGUGGUCUCUGAUGGCAUUAAGAGAUGCGUUCUAACCCCAGACUGAGGAAUCACACGCUGUAGUAAACCAGCUCUUACUGGGAGCAUCUCAGCUGCCCUCAAUCUGUCAUAUGAUUUUCAGUUCAUCUUUAAACUGGUUUCCAGUCAUCCCCUCCUCCCCGCUGCUCUCAAAGGGGGGAAUUCCCGCUCUGGCACGAAAAUUGCCCGACUGACCCACUUAUCCGCUUCAGUCAAUUCAGCUUUAAUCUCAUCUUCAGCACAGAUAAUCAACCACGUCUGUAGUUUUGCCUUCUUAAUUGCCACCUCUUGCCUGUUCCGCUCGAAUCUACAGUAUGUAAUUGCUUGUAUAGCUGCAAAAAAGUGAAAGAAAGAAAAAAAAUCUGCUGGGAAAAAAAGUACUGUUACUGCACACUUCUCUUGAUUUCAAAUGUGAUGUGAUGAUGUGAGAGUCAAGCCCUUGUCUUAAUGUAUCAACAGCACAGACGUCUUGCCUUCUUUCUUUGUCUUGCUAUUUAGGCCUUUUGUUUUUGUUUCAAACACACACACACACAUCUCUGUGUGAGUCUUACCCGUUUAAUGUGCCAUACUUCUUUUAUUUUGCACUAUGUUUCAUCCAUAUAAUUGGGAAUCAUUCGUACCUUUUUUUACUGCUGGCAUUUGUGUCAGCAUUAGCACCCCGUAAUUAGCUGUAGCUAGCAGCUGGCUCGCGUCUGGAUGCCUCGGCCUUGCCCCCUGCAUGGACUUUCAUUCUGCAUGUGAGGGAGACAGACAUGCAUGUGCUUCCAUAAGCUAUUACACCACCACCUGCAGUGAGACUAGUCAAAGGCGAUGCGGUGGUGCAUACCACACAGUUAGUGAGUCCCUCAAAGAAAAACAAACAUCGCAAAGACGUGGAAAUCCAUCUGUCAGUAUUAAAGAAGCGCUGCAGCAUUUUUUUAGCCUAAUUACUACCUGCUGCAUGUGUACUGUAUGGUCAGUUACCACAGACAGUAAUUUCAGUGCAUUUCUGUAAACUUUGUAAAACUCACUGACUCAAUAUGCACUUAUAAUAGAAGGCAGUGGGCGGUUGCUGAAUUUCAUCAAUAAACAUCACAUGCAAAACACGUAUUUGUAGGACAAUUUGGUGAAUUCUACAGUCAAAAGUAUUUGUAAAUUAAGCUGUAAAUCUGUAUAAUUUAUUCUUCCAAAGGGAAAAAUUCAUCAAAAUUUACCAGUGUCAUUGUCAGUUUCCACGGAUUACUUCCUAACUACACCGGAAUACUUUUUGGCUAAAAUGACGUGGUGGUUUGAGUUUGUAUGGUGUGAUGUAGGCCUACAGUACUCGCUGAAUAGAACUACUAAUCACCACAUCACUCGUUCUGAGACCUCCCCCUGACUGCCAUUUGUCCUAAUCAAUGUGUCAUUUGUUCCAAGACCUUCCCCUGAACUGGGAUUGGUCCUAAUUACCACAGUGUUUAUUCUGAGGGCUUCUAGAGCUGCUGACACUGAGUUCUUUUUAAGAAUACUUAAAACAUCAUAGUCAUUGAUGCUUCGAUUUUGUUUAGUUCUUUCACUAUUUGUUUAGUUCUUUUUCAUUAUUAGUUCUUUCAUCAUUAUUAUACUGCCAGUUUAAGACAUCUAAGGCACUGGCAUUGUUAGAGUUCAACUGUAAAUUUGAAUUUGCGUUAUAUAGUCACAUCUUUAAAAUAUUUAUUCACUGAAUUCAGCAGUUGCCCAAUGUGUUCUAUUCUAAGUGAGCUUUGAGUCAGUGGCUCAGUUUUCUGUUCUCUUUUUUAGUACAGGGAUAUUUGUGAAAAUAUUGUCUGUGGUAAUUGAUGCUAUGACACAAAUGCAGCAGACAGAUUAGGCUGAAUAACAUUGAUGAAUUCCUCUAAUUCUUUUAACCCGUCCAGCCAGUUAGUGAGCGCAGCGUAAUGAUAAAGAGUGGGACACUCAGCUUCCAGACACUUAAAACUAGCCAGUGCUGUCUUAUAGUUGCAAUGUCUUCAGGCUUGACUCAGCAAAGCAUCCCUGGGACAGCAUUCUAGACUUAUGCACACCAUGAUGACUACAUACUAUAUUGAAUAGUGAUGUUGAUUAGUUGUCUAUUAGGUAGGUGCAGUUCUGUCUCUCUGACCCAUGACCAUCCAGCCUCAGUUUGUCUGGAAAGGCCUAAGGCUGCAGCUUCUGUCCUACACCAGUUACUGCACUGCCCUCUGGUGGACAGAAAAGGCACCGCCCAUCCUCCUCAUCUCAUCUGCUGUUGAAUGCUGGUAUUUAGAGGCUUAAUUAUAGGGUUAUUCUGAAGGCCAUUGAGUUUUUUGCUGUCUGUCUCUGCAGGUUAGGACCUUUUAAAAUUAGCAUUAAAGAGCUGUUAGCAGUUGGAAUGCAUUGCCGCUGCUUUGCACAAUGCACUGCAUGGUCUGUGUUGAAAGCCAACAGGUUCAUGGAGCCCCUUCUCUGUACCAAAACCAUUAACAUUGAUUUUGUAGGUUUAUUUUUGUAGUUUUAAGGUUUUUUCUGCCACUUUUAGUGUCAUUGAAUGAAUUAUGUUUGGACAAAUCUGGUCCUGGUAGUGUCUCCAAGUAUAAGCACAAACAGGAAAUUGUGAUUAUAGAUGACUGUGUGAUCUUAAUGUAAUGAGGAAGACUUUCCUAGUUAUCUUUGAGCCUUUGUGACAGUGUACGUUGACUUUUGUCAGCUGUUUUAUCAUCAGUGUUUUUGUGAUUUAUCACCUUAUAAUCACAUAACAUGUCCUGUCAUGAAAUCCUCACAUAUCAGUGAUUGUUUGCUAUUGUAGGAAUUUUUGACCUUCUUGCUGGAGUCACGAAAGCUGCCAUCCAUAUCAAGUGAAGUUUUUGGUAAUUGCCUUCUGUUUGUUCACCUCUACAUCAUCUUUAUCUGCAUUUCCUAAUUCCUUUCAUUUCUCUUUCCUCUUCGAUUGAGCCCAGACUGUGCUGUGUAAAAGCUGCGUUUGACUUUCUGCUCUUCUUGUAAUCCUCCUACCCAAGCUAAUGCAUCACAGUAUUUAAGGCCUAGUCAGAACUUCUAUGGUACUUGCACGAUUACUGAUUCCUGAGGCACUUGGUGCACCCCUGUCCUUUAUAGACUGUAUGUGGACUGUAAAUUCUGGAAGAUUUUUUAGUUUGGGAACGUAUGCUAUAACGGGUGUGUAUUGUACGUAUGCUAAACUGUAUGUAUGCUAAGGUAACAUAGGCUUUCUCCUUCUCUAGACACAACAUUCAUAAGAACCAGACUUGCCGUCCGUCUGUACUAGUGGGUUGUGAAUAUUGACAUUCUGUUUUUUGCCCUCCUCUUGACACUUUUGUCUAGUGAUGCUGUUUGUUAAUGACUGUUUGAAUGGUUGAAUCCUCCCUGUGAUGUAGGUUAACUGUACACCAUGCCACUGUUUGGAUGUGAAGAAUAUUCAAGUCCAAAAUAAAAACAAAUUAACUUUU